AUGAAGGUCACUGCAGCUUUCGCAGGCCUCUUGGCCACGGCACUCGCCGCCCCUGCCACCGAACCUGUUCUGGUGUCGCGAAGUGCUGGUAUUAACUACGUCCAGAACUACAACGGCAACCUUGGUGACUUCACCUACAACGAGAGUGCCGGAACAUAUUCCAUGUACUGGGAGGAUGGAGUCAGCUCCGAUUUCGUCGUUGGUUUGGGCUGGAGCACUGGUUCCUCUAAGUCUAUCACCUACUCUGCCACCUACAGCGCCUCUGGCUCUGGCUCCUACCUCGCUGUGUACGGCUGGGUCAACUCUCCUCAGGCUGAAUAUUACAUCGUCGAGGACUACGGCGAUUACAACCCUUGCAGCUCGAGCUCGGCCACAAGCCUUGGUAGCGUGUCCUCUGAUGGAGGCACCUACCAAGUCUGCACCGACACUCGGGUCAACCAGCCAUCGAUCACGGGAACGAGCACGUUCACGCAGUUCUUCUCCGUUCGAGAGAGCACGCGCACAUCUGGAACGGUGACUGUUGCCAACCAUUUCAACUUCUGGGCGCAGCAUGGGUUCGGCAACAGCAACUUCAAUUAUCAGGUCGUGGCGGUGGAGGCAUGGAGUGGUGCUGGCAGCGCCAGUGUCACGAUCUCUUCUUAA